AUGAUAAAUGUGUGCAUUUGUGGGACACCGGAGAUACAGUUCUCGCACUCGACGGGGGACGGGAGCUUCACAUUGAAAUGUGAGGUCCAUUACGACAAGUCCGAGGCCUCCUUCAGUCGUAUUGAGAUGAGUAAAGACAACACCAUUUACUUCACGUACGGAGGAAAUGAUGAGAUCAGUUUCAAACCGAUUGAGGGCAUCGACAAACUGGAAAGGGAUAUCCAUUUCAUAGAGGCCGAGAAGAUAUCGAGUUAUGCGCACAUCGAGAACGAAAUCGCAUACCGGAGCCCACAAGUGGCCGGCACCUACAAGUGCGCCGCUUUUAUUACGGUCGGCGGCAAUGAGAUCAAGAAAGAGGACGUCAUUGCCAUUGAAUACAAACCUAACGACAAACCUAACGACCCCUUCAAAGCCGUUGAGGAGUCCAAGGAGGGGGACUCCGGCGCUAAUGUGUUACAAUUCAGUAUAGAUAGGUUUGAUUUGAAGUGUGAGUUGGAGUGGGAUAUAUCCGAGGCAUCAUUCAGUCGCAUCGAAAUGCUUAAGGAUUCAAAAAUCUACUUCACGUACGGAGAAAAUAGUCAGAAAAGUUUUAAACACAUCGACGGCAUAAAGCGUUUGGAGUCUGAGCUGGUUUACCGCAAACAAGGCAGUACCCGGCACCGGGAGUUGGCACACGUCCAGAACCAAAUCAAAUACUGGAGCAAAAGUACCGGUGGUUACUACCAGUGCAUCGGCUAUUAUGUGAUCAACAAUCGGGAGUACUAUAAACAACACAAGAUAUUCAUUAACUCCGGCGCCCGUAGUGCGAUGAGCCUGGUCAUUGAAAACAAGGGCCGGAAUGAGCAAUAG